CGACGACGACGUACCGCGGCCGAAUUGUGUCCACUCAUGACGCGGACCGAGGACACGUAGGACCGGAACCAUCAAAGGACUAUUCCAUUCAGUCAUACCCACGUUUCCAACCUGUUCAGGAGUAUAUUAUGGUCUACCGUAUCAAAAGCCUCACUGAGAUCCAACAGGACCAGAAUUGACACCUUUCCCGAGUCCAUGUUGGGUCGCGGCGUGAAGCGGAAGUGGAGCAGCGUGGAGGCGUUGGACGCGGCCGCUGAGGAGACGCAGCGGCGCGAUGGCGCAGACGCGGCAUCGGGCGGCUCUGGCGACACCGGUGACAUGCGUCGGCGCGUGCUGGGCCUUAGCCUGGAAAAGCUGCAGCGCUACCGGGCCGGCGUGGAGCUCAGCCUGCGCCGCUCGGUGCUGCUCAUCAACACGCUGCGGCAGAUCCAGGACGAGAUGCGGGGCGACGUCCAGGAGAACCUGAACGCGGUCUUCUGCGCUCCGGACUCGCCUGUUCUGCAUGUGGAUCUCAAGUGUCCCGGGUGUGCGGAGGGUGGCCAAGAAAGUCCGUCCUCAGCACUGGUAUCCUCUUCCCCGGAGGUGAACUUUGGGGCGAUUAGCGACGUGGUGAACGCCAUGGGCUACCUCAGCGACCUGGCCCUGGACGACAUCUUCGAGGACAUAGACACUUCCAUGUACGAGACCUCGGACAUGUCCGCGGGCUGGACGGCGGGAUCUCUGUGGCCCGUCGGCGUGUCCGUUUGGGCGGACGAGGACGGGAAAGGCCCCGUCGGGAGUCUCCAGUCGUGUCUGAUGGACGUGAAUGAACUGGACCACAUCAUGGAGAUCCUGGUCAAGUCCUGAUCCACCCAAAGUACAAUUGGGUGGGCGUCAAACCCUCGUGGAUUCUUGCUAUUCGAGACAGGCUCAUGACCUAUCCCCCCGCCGAACAGCCAAGCGUUCUUUGUACUCGUCGGAUCUCGGGCCGAGGACGCAGACGGAGUGAUGACUUUAACCUGGGCUGCGUCAGGUACCGAGUUGAUGUACUGUGUGAAAGUCACUGAUACAGAGUGGGGUGUUGAAGUUGACUAGCGGAAGUAUCAGAGGGGUAACAACUACUGUUCUUAAGGGGAUUCUGAAAAGCUGGGACCAACCCUGUUGCAUUGAAAGCAACUGUCGUCGUCAGACAUCUACGUCAUCACAUUAUCUGACUGCAGUAAAGCCGUAUCACGAGGUCCUGAGUCAAAGGCACAAGUGAUUGAAUUCUGUAUCGGAGGCGUAACGACGGCUCUGUGUAAGGGGAUUCAGCAAAGCACUGGAGCAACCUUGUUGUGUCGAAGGAAAUUGUCGCUAUCCGAAAGCUGACAUCUAACUGUCAAUUGUUGAAAGUCGCUGGGUUCUCUGUGAAAGGCACAGGGGAAUAAAUGCCGUUAGACGUCAGAUUCGGCAAUUUUGCGCAAAAGGGAGUGUGAAAGGGGCUGGUGUCGUGCAGGGACAGAUCAAUGUUGGGAGAACCUGAUCCAUCAACCGUGGUAAAGUCGCUUGCGUCACUGAACAUCGGAAACAACUACAGUUUUCCCUUUCUCCCCUUUGGUGUCGUGGGCACAACUUAGGAGGAAACCCGAGCCUUGCGGCUUGAUUAUUAAUUGAGAUGCUUUCAAUUACUUAAGAGGCGGUAGCCGGCCAAGCGGGACGGCAUUUACCCAACUGUGGGGUCCGGGUUUGGGACCCUUUCGGACCCUGGUAGCCAUCGCCACGACUGCUGCAACUGAUCAGUUGCGGCAACUCAGGCGACUUAGGAGACCAAAAUAUUGCUUGCGCUCUCACAAGGGCGAGGUUUCGCAGAGACCAUUAAGCCCAGAAGUUACGCUGAUGUAGCGGAAACAUCACUGCGAAGUAGCGGAGACAUCUCCAUGAUGUCUUCUCCGUCUCCUCAGUGUCCAGCAGGUCUCGGAGAUGUCAUCAGAGAUCUCUUCCCAGUGGCGGACAGAAUUAGUCUCAGAGACCCGCUGGAGACUUUGAAAAAGUUUCCAAAAGGUCUCCGAAUGUUUGAAUUUUCCGCGACUCACUGGCGACCUGUCUAGUCUCCAGGAGACGUCUCCGCGACAUCUCUCGAACCCGCGUGGACUCUGACAUCAGGUCGCCAACGAGACUCCAGGCGAGUGCGAUAAGGCCUUUAUUCACCCUGACAAUUCAACCACAAGCCUCUUCUGUAAUUUUGAUCUAGUUCAAUUUUAUUUAUGCUUGAAAAGCGGCCACAAGCUUCUUCUUUGUGCCUGAUUGUUUGUUGUGAGUGCAAUUGAUCAUUCAGAUCUAUUCCCUUGCGACGUUUCUGUUCCACCUUUCCGUUUCGACGAAAAGGUGGCUCUCGUGUGAAGAGCGACCGCCAACACCAGGGCUACUUUGGUGACACGCGUCCCCCAAUUGUGAUUACAUGACUUUUUUGUACGGCUGAGUUUUUAUACGAAGCAAUUUUAUACGCGCAAAACUUUUAUGGUGUGCUUUACUCCUGGUCUACCUCCUGAUGUUGACGCUCCUGUGAACCAAUCAUUCCAAAUUUUAGCUUCCUCAUGACGAGGCCCAAUCCCGUCCGCCUCAUUUCGACUACGUGCCUUCUCGGUGGUGCAUCUCAGGCCUGUCCGCAUUUUCAAAAAUGUUCACGACGGGGUUGGAAUUUGAUUUAUUUAAAAAAAAAAAAUUUUUUUUUAUAUAUCACAGUCUACAUCAGAAAGCAUUUGUUGACUCUGGCGUGCAUUUCAACCAAUCAGAAGGCUGAAAAACAACAUGAUCAGUCCUAGAUGUUUAUCCAUUUUUGCUUCGGUAUGUCCUCAUGAGGGUGGCGGGUAAGUGCAACGUAUUCCCGCUGACUUUAGGUGAGAGAAGUGGGGUACGCCCUUGACUGGUCACCAGUCAAUUGCAGGCCACAUAGACAAAGAAACAUUCGCAUUUAGCACCUAAGGAUCAUUUCGAGUCGACAUCAUUUUUAUCUUCAUGUGUGGGGUCUGCAGCAGAUAAAACAUCUUUUAAGAGUGGAAAAGUGUUUGUGUGUACCAGGAUGUAUGUUUUUAAAAUACAGUACCAAAGAUUCAAACUCAGAACCUCUUGACUGUGAGGCAGACGUGCUCCCCCCCGCCCAAGAUAUACAAGAUAGGGCGUCCGCGACGAAGUUCCGUUCCUGCAUCGGCGACGGAACCCAAAUGAGUACAUUGAAAUGCAGCUUAAUCUUAAUUGCAGUAAAUAUUUGUAUGCAAAAACACUGGUAGGCCAUAAAUAUGAAACAAUGAAAUGAUAAACAGUAAGUACGGUCGUAACUGAAGUUAAGGACGGGGGUACUGGCUUUGUGAAUUCCAUUUUUACUGCGACAACGUAACACACGUUUACGUACGCAAAUUGGAUUGCGCCGGAGUCUGUCGCUAAGCUAAGCAAAGUAGGAAAGUCCUAAUUACGGUACGUCGUACUGUACUGUAUGUUGGGGCCGUGCUAAACCGAGUACGCCCUGUAUGUUUACGCGUACCUGGACAUUUUGAAAGUUAAUGAAAAUUUUCCAGAUUUACACACAAACACUUCUGGAAAACUGAGUUUUAUGAACAAAACCACACACCAAACGCAAAGAAAAAACCCAACCUUUUUGUCAAUAUCCGCGUUCAGCGGGCCUCGGCAUGGCCCGAGGCCCGCUGAGCGUCGCCGACUCAAGCACACAAUCUCACCCCGCACACACCGCACCGCACCCCGACUUCCACCACAACCCUUCUUCUGUGCUCCGGCUUCAUGUUUCCUGACAGGCGGACAAGCGAGCGGUCCAGGGAGGGGGUUGCAGGCACGGGGGAGGACGGAGGAGGAAGAAGUGGGAAGGGUGGGGUGAGGAAGCACCACUCGUGUCACGCGUCCAGUGGGAGGAGCCUGCGGCUUGUUUUGUCCAAGACCGGGCAGCCUGGCCAGUCGCGUGAAACGUGCACUCCCGUGACUUGUUUUCUUGUUUUUUGGCCUUGUUUUUCUUACGUGUAGAAAAACACAGAGAGCUCGACGAAGAUGACCAAGUAAAUAUUCUAUUUAAUUUAAUAGAAAGCGGAAAGAACGCCACAGUGUUAUUCAUGUGUGUGUGUGUUGAGGGUUAUGUAAGCACAAAUGCUGCAUGUUGUCCAGAAAAUCUUUAUAUCGUAUAUAUUUGAGUGUAACUGAAGCAUGUGUUUGCUGGUUAUAAUUCAUCAUAAUAAUGUAUUUUUGGUGGGAUAUUUUAUGGAGUUUAUUCACCAAUACAGAAAUGACAAAAAGGACAAUUGUCUUUUUUUUCUUAAUGACACAUUCACACAAAGGAAAUGACUUUUUUUUUUUAACCUUCCCUUUACUACAUCAUUUGAAUAAAUAACAUGAAUUCAGCAGCCUAAGUGGCAUUCAUUUUUUUUAAAUAUUUUCCAAACACAAGAA